GGUGACACCAACUGCCUGAGCCAUUUCCCUUCAUUUCCUAAUGGGUUCCCGAGGAGGCAUGUUCUCCAGGAUCCUCAGUCUCUUUCGGAGGGACAAUCAUAUCCGUGCAGAGACCAGACCAAGGCAGAGGGAGGCCAGCCUUCUAUCACGUUGGAGAACAAGACGAAUGGAAAGGUCCUUGAGAAGGUCACAGUCUGAUCAGAAGGCAUCAUCCCAACCCUCCACGACACCUGUUGAGGCGGAGAGAAUGAAGCGUUUGGAGAACCUCAAAACUGAUCUCCACAAGAUGCAAAAGGAGAGAGAUGAACUCAGGAGAAUCCUGGCAGAUUACCCAGGAAAGAAUUUAAAUGACAGGAACAAGUUUGAGUCUGAGAUGCUCAUGAUGCAGCACGAGGAAGUGAUGACCGACAUGAAGAAAAUGAGCGAGCAGAUCAAUAGAGCUUUGGUCAAAUGUAAAAACCUUACACUGGAAAAUGACUGGUACUGGUGA